AUGACUCCGACCCACCCUCUCCUCCUCUCCCCAUCCCUCCUCACCCUCACCCUCACCCUCCUCUUCGCCCUCCCCGCCCACCCGGCCUCCCUAACGCCCCCCACGCCCAUCUCGAAUCCCUCCCCCCCAACCGCCGGCCGCUCCAUCGAAUGCUUCAACCUCACCACCCCAAAAGCCUACCCCGUCGACUCGAACGACUGUCCCCCCGCCAUCGACGCCCUCUACCACGACCCCUCCGGCGUCAUGGCCCUCCAGCGAUUCUCCCGCGACCCCGCCCUCGCCGCCUCCACCUUCCAGGUGCCCUUCGCCUGGCAGUACGGCUCCUGCCAGGUCCUGCUGACCAGCGGGGUCGCGGGCGCGCUCGAUACGUUCCGGCUCGCCGACGUCAUCGUGCAGGCGCUGCGCAUCAUCGAGGAGUGUCCGCCCCUGAGCAAGAAGGCGUUGGGGGGGUUGGGGCUGGUGGGGGGCGGGCAGACGUUUUUUGUGGCGGUCAAUGGGCCCGAUUUGUCGCCGGAUGGGGAGGGGGAGGGGGAGGGGAACGAGAGGUGGGGGGUGGGGAUGUGA